GCGCCGCAGCGCUUGUCGCGAUCACAAGUGUGCGCGCCCGCGAACACCGAACAUUUAAUACACACACAUGAAAGGACGCUGUUCCAUAAAACACUGUCCAGGAUUCUCAUAAAUGAACAGUAACGUAUUAAAACAAAACAAUGGAGGCUAAAUAACACUCGUACAUAAAAACACAAACUGAUAAAUCUCUUAGUAAAAGAAAAACGUUCGACAAGUUUGCCGUAAACUCGUUAAGGUUCGUGAGUGUUCGGGAGUGUUCGGUUCGCGUGUGAAAGCGAAUCAAGAUUGGAGAACUGGAGUAACAUGGAAGAGAAUGCUCGUGGGCUGUAUAAAUACAGGACCUCGCUCCCCGUUGCCCAAUUCAGCCGCGGCGACUUCUCCCUGUGGUCGGUGCUAAAGAACUGCGUCGGCAAGGAGCUGUCCAAGAUCACGAUGCCUGUGGUGUUCAACGAACCACUUUCCUUCCUUCAGCGGAUGUUGGAGUACCUUGAAUAUGCCCAUCUGCUGCGCAUGGCAUCGGAACAGACUGAUCCGGUUACCAGGAUGGAGUAUAUCGCAGCAUUCGCAGUCAGCGCUUUGGCCUCCAACUGGGAACGUCUUGGCAAACCCUUCAAUCCUCUACUCGGUGAGACCUAUGAAUUGGAGAGACCUGAAUUCAGAGCCGUUUGUGAGCAAGUGUCCCACCAUCCACCAGUGUCAGCUUUCCACGCCGAUAGCCCACAUUUCGUAUUCCACGGCUCUGUACAACCCAAACUCAAGUUCUGCGGAAAGAGCGUUGAGAUCCAACCUAAAGGAAAUGUCACCGUUGAAUUGCCUAGGUGGGGCGAAGCAUACACCUGGAGCAACGUGAACUGCUGCGUGCACAACGUGAUCGUGGGCAAACUGUGGAUCGAACAAUCUGGCCCCAUGGAAGUGACAUGCCACGGCGGCGCUGGGCUCAAGGCCAACCUGGUCUUCAAACCUGCAGGGUUUAACAACCGUGAUCUGCACAGGGUUGAUGGAUUUGUUGUUGAUCAGAACAAAAAACGCCUUCGUUUCCUUUACGGUAAAUGGACGGAAUCGAUCAAAUGCUGCAGUUCUGCCGCCUACGAACAAUGGGCCAAGGAGAAUGGAGAGUCCAGCUCACAGACACCAUCCCACACGCCAAAGAAAGUUCUCGCUAAGUUAAACAGCUUCAAAGUUGGUGCUUUGCGGUCCAUGUCCAUACAAGAUACUGACGAAGGAGACUCGGAUGACGUACCGAAGCCCGAUGAUUCAUAUAACAUAGAUAUACCAGAAUCAGUGGUAUUGUGGGAGGCUAGGCCUAGGCCUGUCAAUAGUGCACAGUAUUACCAAUUCACGGAAUUUGCGAUGUCCUUAAACGAGCUUGAACGCGAUAUGAAGGGCCAACUAUGUCCAACUGAUAGCAGACUUAGACCAGAUAUCAGGCUCUUGGAGCAAGGUGACAUAGAUGGUGCAGCCGCUGAAAAAACCAGGUUGGAGGAGAAACAAAGGUCCGCUCGGAAGUUGCUGAAGAAAUCGUCUGAGGCUUGGCAACCUAGGUGGUUCAGUCAAGGUACCAAUCCGUACACCAAGCAGGAAGAUUGGCUGUAUAAUGGAGGAUACUGGGAUCGUAAUUACCAGCAUUUGAAGGACGUAGAUAUAUAUCUUUAAUAAGUUCUGUAACAUUUGAGCGAAAGUCAUGAUACUCAUCAAGACUCAAGAUUGCAUUUUUGGGAAGGUACUUGAAGUAGCAAAGGAAGAUUACUUAUAUUGGUAGAUGACAAAUGGAUAUUGUCUAUUUUCAAAAGUAUUUUUGGAUCGUAGAUCGUGUGUAGAAGAAUCAAAGCUUGAAAGAGAGAUUAUUUGAGUACCUAGUCUAGAGAUUUGAAAAUGUCCCAAAGUAAUUAUAAAGUUGUUCUUUUCGUCCAUUUUAAUAGUCAUUGGAUCUUUACUGCUAUUACCAUUUUUAUCCGACUUAAAAAAAAGGAGGUUAUACGUUCUGCUACAUGUAUGUUUUCCGUGGAUUGUGGACCGAU